AUGCCUCGUCCAGCAGCCUCGCCGUUUGACAGGAAGCCACGAAGUGCAGAAGAGGAGAACCCCCUUGCUGGGCUUGGCGUUCGCGCUUCAGCAUCGCCAAAGUCGGGAGCUGUCAUGGCACCAUCCUCCGGUGCUCUGUCAAGAAGACGAGCGUCGCCUAAUCAAAACAACGCCAUGUUCGAGUUCGACCCGGAGCUCGUUGCUGCUUUUCAACGCAACAUGAUGUUCUUUCGUCGUGUAUUCAGCCUAGACACCUUCCUCAGGCCCUUGCCAGCGCCAGUGGCACAGUCCAUUGCACGAAGCUUUGGUUUCUUCACAAGCAUCUUCACACAGUUUGUUGAUCCGAAGGGCAUUAAGAACGCACAAAAAGCAAUGGGCAUUCGAAAGGAUGACUCCAGGAUUGUUCGAUGA